AUGGAGGCUCUUCCAAAUGGGCAGCGAUGGCUCUUAAACCGCGUGCUAAAAACCGAGUGGCUUCAGGAGGAAUUUCUUGAUAUCCAGCAACCUGGCUAUCAGGUCCAGUGGAAGAUUCCUACAUUCUUAGAACUGCUCCUGCUGCUGUGUCAUAUUACCGGGGGCCAGCCCGCGCGAGGGACAGAGAUAUUGAGUCUGCGUCACCGCAAUACGGUCCAUAGGCGACAUCGCAGUAUCUUUAUUGAGCAGGGAUUGGUCAGCACAGUAACCAGUUAUCACAAGGGCUAUCAUGUCACUGGAUCGACCAAGAUUAUCCAUCGAUAUCUGCCACAGCCAGUGAGUGAGAUGAUGAUCUACUACCUCUGGUUGAUCCUUCCCUUCUGCGAAAAGCUGGAGAUCCUUGCCUUUGGGAAGACAGAGGCGCCCUCCCCCUUUCUCUGGCCCAAGGCUCAUCAAGGGGAAGACAGCAGCUACCUCAGCAAGAUUCUGGAACGAGAGGCGCGGCAGCAUCUCCAAACCAAAUGGAACAUCACCUACUAUCGGCACGCAGCGAUUGCGAUCUCUCGCGCCCAUCUCCUCAGCGGUGGUUUUAAGCGGGAUUAUGGGGUCAACGAGAAGACAGCAGGCACAAUCUACGCGCGAGCUUGGGCCGCGAAAGUGACUGUUGGUGGAGAGGAUGAAUCUAGAAUCAUCCACCCAGAAGAGACGAUAUGUAUGAGUAGGAUUGGAUCAAGUGCAUCAGGACUCUCAAAACCAAUUUUCCAUUUCGUACAUAUAUCCUUGACGGAUCAUGUCCCGGAUUAUAUUGCGACCGGUUAUAUAUCUUAA